AUGACUACGUCAGUUGGUUUGGCUACAAUUGGCGCUGACCAACUACUGAACGGUGUCGCAUCGCGUUUGAUAUUUGAAGGACCACCAUGUGAAUCAUGGCCAUGCUGGAAUGAAGGCGAGUGUAUACCAAAUGGAACUCGUGGCUACUCAUGCGUCUGCCCAGCACACUUCGCCGGAAGACACUGCCAGUUUCGGAUAUCCCAACUAUGCGGAUCAUCGCGAUGUCAGGCCAAUAGCACUUGCACAGUCGAUGGCACCGAAAUUUACUGUCCAGCCACAAAGUACGAUGGUGAGUGUGGUUGUAUUGCAGAUACCAUCGGCUUGAUUCUCUCCUUCUAA